AAGCCAAUCAGUACAUUGCCGCGUGGAGACGAAACGUUCUUAACAGCGACGUGAAGAGGACGAGAACGAGAACUCCUAAUCGUCGUCAUCGUUCUUCUGGAGCGUAUUCGAAACCCUUUCUGCGCCAAAUUUGUCCCCGAAUUCUUUCGAUUCAUUCUCCCUCUCGUAAUUUGUUUCUGAUUCUCAUCCUUCCGUCUACCUCUCACUGCUUCGCGAGUUCUCUUUUGAAGAUCGAGAGGCGAUUCUAGUUGCUUAGCGUCGACAAUGCUUAACAGGCUUUUCGGUAAACCUAAACAAGAAGCAAGUGCUUUGGCUACGUUGGAUAAGCUAAGCGAGACACUUGAAAUGUUGGAGAAGAAGGAAAAUGUCCUUGUUAAGAAGGCAGCUGCAGAGGUUGAAAGAGCUAAAGAGUUCACAAGAGUGAAGAACAAACGGGCGGCCAUUCAAUGUUUGAAGAGGAAGAGGCUUUAUGAACAGCAAAUAGAGCAGCUUGGAAAUUUCCAAUUACGUAUCCAUGAUCAGAUGAUUAUGCUAGAAGGCGCAAAGGCUACAACCGAGACUGUAGAUGCUUUGAGAACAGGAGCAUCUGCAAUGAAGGCAAUGCAGAAAGCAACGAAUAUCGAUGAUGUAGACAAGACAAUGGAUGAGAUAAAUGAGCAGACUGAGAACAUGAAACAGAUACAGGAAGCGUUGUCAGCUCCAAUCGGGGCUGCAGCUGAUUUCGAUGAGGAUGAAUUGGAGGCAGAACUGGAAGAGCUGGAAAGUGCUGAGUUGGAAGAGCAACUUCUCCAGCCAGCAUCAACUGCUCCUGCCGCACCCGUUUCAGUCGCGCCGGGCAGAGUACCUGCUGCACGCCCUGCUCCUCAGAAGAGAACUGCCGAAGAAGACGAACUGGCAGCUCUGCAAGCUGAGAUGGCUCUUUAAACCAGGCCGCGUCCCCUGGUAGAUUCCAGUGCAAUCUAUUCUGGUGAGUGUGUUUACAUUUGUCUUCAGGAAUAUCAUACGAAUUAUUAUUGCCUACCGCGAGACAAUGUAUAUAAUAUGGCAACAAUUACUUCUUCUAUUUUGCCGAGCUUGCUAAUACCUUCAAAUUUUAGGUAUAUUUGAGUACUAUCUUUUCUUCAUUUAUAAUAAAACUCGCCUAUUUUUUCUUAA